AUGGUGGAUAGUAAACCUUAUGAUACACCAGUUGCUAAAGCUGCAAGGAUUUCAUUUCAUGAUGGUACUAGAUUGGAGAAUGCUAGUGAGUACAUGAAAAUUAUAGAUAGUUUACAAUACUUAACAAUUACUAGACCAGAUAUUUGUUUUGGAGUAAACUAUGUGCCACAAUUCAUGCAUUCACCAACAGUUGUGCACUUACAUCUAACCAAGAGAAUACUCAGAUAUUUGAAGGGUACAACUGGUUUAGGCAUCACUUUGAGGAAACAUAGUUUGCAGAACUUGAAAUCUUAUACAAACUCACAUUGGGAAGAUUGUCCAGAUACAAUGAGGUCUACUUUUGGUUAUGCAGUCUUCUUAUGUUCAAAUUUGGUCUCAUGGUCUUCUAAAAAACAGCCAACUGUUUCUAAGUCAUCAGCUGAAGCUGAAUAUAAGUAUUUAUCUGUUGCUUCUGCAGAUUUACAAUGA